GUUGCCUUCUACUUUAGCAUAAAAGGACGAAGGGCACUGUUGAUUAUCUGGCUGUUUCCUGUUGAAUUAGGGGCACCGUAAUCAGGUUUGGGGUUUUGAAGUAGUGGGUGUUUGACUUGAGAGUUGUUUUUCUGGAGGUGCUGAUACUGGACUUGGUGGAGGAAAAGGACCGUAUCAAUGUGUUUCUGGAUGAGUGCCUGAACAAGGGAGUUCAGCCUUUGGGAGGUUGAGUGGGAUGAUAUGAAGGUGAGUAUAUAUGGGCCAAUUGUUAGUGAAGAGGAGGAAGACUGGGGGCCCUGAGAAAGGGAUAAUCUGCUAUCGUGGUUUUGAGUGCAGCAGAGAUGUUCAGUCCUGAAAUGGUAAAGGUUCCCUUGUCCCCCUCACCGGGUGUGCAAUGGGAGUGUGACUCACUUCUUCAGUACCCUGCUGCUCAGACCUCUAGGGGAGUAUACAGAGGGGCAGGCUGUGGGGCUGUGACCCCACGGCAGUGUCUAGGGGUGAGUGUUUACAGCUGAGGCCCUAGUGGGUGUGUGUUAGAAUGUGCUCUUUUAGUUUAGCCAUCUGUAGGCCGCUUGUGUUAACCAGCUCAAUUAGAUCCUCUACCUGGUCACAAGGACAGAGGGCUUCCUGUAUCCUGGGUUCUUGUUUUGGCGUACCAGCAGAAUUGGAUUACACAUGGGCUUGGAGAAUGAGUGCAAGGUUUUAUUGAAUGGAAGUAGCUCUCAGAGCCAGAAGGGAGAUGGUUUUCCCCUGGAAUCCGGCCGCUCGGUGGCCCAGGCUCUCCUCUAACUGCCCCUGCCAAAUUCCACAUCUUUCUGCAGGUUGGUGGCCUGCCAGCAUGCCAGUGCCUGUUGGUGCAUUCCUCUCGAAUUCCAGCCGCACAUGUGUUCCUCCGCUGACAUGCUCCUCUCGACGUCCAGCUGCCUGUGUUCUUCCGCUGAUCGGCUCCUCAUGACGUCCAGCCACUUAACCCCAGAGAUGAAGGGCCUCCUCCCACUGGCUUGGUUCCUGGCUUGUAGUGUGCCUGCUGUGCAAGGGGGCUUGCUGGACCUAAAAUCCAUGAUCGAAAAGGUGACAGGGAAGAACGCCCUGAAGAACUAUGGUUUCUACGGCUGUUACUGUGGCUGGGGCGGCCAUGGGACCCCCAAGGAUGGCACUGAUUGGUGCUGUUGGGUGCAUGACCACUGCUAUGGGCGGCUGGAGGAGAAGGGCUGCAACAUUUGGACACAGUCCUACAAAUACAGAUUCGCGUGGGGCCUGGUCACCUGUGAGCCGGGGUCCUUCUGUCGUGUGCAGCUCUGUGCCUGUGACCGGAAGCUCGUCUACUGCCUCAAGAGAAACCUAUGGAGCUACAACCCGCGGUACCAGUACUUUCCCAACAUCCUCUGCUUCUAGGCAUCCCCAGCGAGCUCCUUCCAGACCAAGCAUUUGCUCUGUUCUUCUGCAACGCAGAGUUCCUAUUCUGCUGGGAUCCUGAGAGAGGCUCCUGCGUUGCAGACCUCAAUCCUUCCUGAAGCUUCGAGGACCCCCAGGGCCACGCCCUCCAGCGAGUCCUAGGAGAGUGACUCUAGUCACAGGACUUGGUAGAGCCCCAGGACCUCCACUUCUGAGGGCAGCCCCUCUGGUACCAAGAGCUCUCCCCCAACUCAGGGUUGGCUUGUCUCUCUUCUCUGAAGACAGCAUCCUGGCUCCAGCUGGAACACUUCCCUGAGAUGCACUUACUUCUCAGCUUCUGUGAGCAGAUUAUCACCACCACCCUCCAGAGAAUUUCUACACAAGAAGAGCCAAAUUGACUCUCUAAAUCUGGUGCAUGGAUAUUAAAUAAAAUUCCUUUUUAAGGCUAAUAAAAACCACAUUGGCAUUUUC